CAAGGAAAAGCAAAGGUUGCAAAAUAUUCCUUUUUAAGUUACUAUUUUACUCUUUUUUAUUAUUUUGCAAAAUUUUGCAUUGUUAUUUACUUUUGUUUUUGCAAAGAAAAGCAAAGGUUGCAAAACAUCCCUUGAGAUAUUACUAUUAUUAUUGCUAUUGCUGCAAAGGAAGCAGAGGUUGCAAAAAUCAAAUAGAAUUAAAUAAUAUUAAAAUAAUCUCAUUAUCCUGGACACAAAGGGCUCUACUUCCGGGUUCACUCCAUGUCUCCUUCCGGGAAGAAGAUGAGACCAUUUGGCCUUUUAGGCUGGACUUCCUUCCAUUGACCUUUUUGCAAGAAAUUAAUCCUGAUUAUUUGUUUUAAAUAUUUUUGUGCAAUUAAUUAUUUAUUUUAAUUAUUAUUUCCAUUUUUAUUUAUUUUUAUUGAUUCUCCCUUUGCAUUGAUGGAUUGACCUUUAGAAUCUUCCUUCAAUUUUAAAUAUUACUAUUUUUGGGGGAUUUAUUUUUUUGGCAAUACAUUUAUUUGCAAAUGACUCGAAGGAUAAAAAGGAUUUAAAGAGAAAGCAAAGGAAGGAGAAGAUCCAUUGGAUUGCAUGAGUAUUCCGCCAUGUUGGCCUGUCUUCAAAGGACGCAGAAUCCUACCCGGCAACACAUGGUUUGCACCAAUAAAGAGCCUCGAAAGUGCGAAGCGAUGCCUGCCGCCACCACCUCGGCGUGCUACCCGAGCCCGGCUGAGCUGGACGCGUACGCCCGGAAGGUGGCCAACCAUCCUUUGACCAUCAAGAUCUUCCCGGCCAAUGUCCGCGUCCCGCAGCACAAGCACCUCAACCGGACAGUCAACGGGUACGACACCGCGGCCAUGGCCCCGCCGCAUUACAGCCCGUACCCCGUCAUUGUCAACAACAACUACCAGGGCUUGUUGGCUGUUGUCAGAGCUGGCUCAUCGUCCUCAUCGUCGUUGUCUGGAGUGGUCAAAAGUGCAGAGGGCAAGCGGACAAAGCCAUCGCCUGCCCAUCACGUCGCCAUGGGUCCAUACCUGGCGAGCGUCUCGACGUCGGCCCCAAACGUCACGACAGUCUCGCGCAAUACCGCUCCGCUCCUGCACAACGACUUCCCGUCCAUACAGAACAUCAUCUUCCAGAUCAAUCGGCAGUGCCAAGCACACGUUCCGACCACCAAGCAAGUUGUGUAUGCUGAUGAGACGGCCACAUUUGCUGCCAAGUCGUCGUACUCGGAGAGGAUGGAUUACUUGCUGUGGCCACAGAAGCCACCGGCACCGCAGGUCAGCAAAUCGCCCGAGACGUGUAGGGGGGACAAAAUGAGCUCAUCACCAUUGAACUGCACUGCAGCAAGUAUAACAAUGGCGGGGGCAAGCUUCUCAACGGGGGCCCCAUGCUUCGCCGCACCGUGGAAUAGUGUUCUGGUGACGCCGGACAGUGACUGCUACCACAAUGGCAGCACCCGUGAGCCCUGGCCCAGCAACGGCCUCCCCAGUUUGCCCAGCAAGACACUCUGCAACGCCUCCGUCCUCAGCAGCAGCCUGCAGUCGCUGGAGUUCCUCAUCAAUGAUCUCCGCCCGCCCUGCAUCAAGGAGCAGAUGCUGGGCAAGGGCUAUGAGACCGUCGCCGUGCCGCGGCUCCUCGACCACCAGCACGCGCACAUCCGGCUGCCCGUUUAUAGAUAGAUUUUUGGGAAAGGGGGGUGGAAUCUGGAGUCCCGCAAUACGAGAGCCAAGGGGCUCUGACCCCUUCUUUGCAGCGGUUACAAUGCUCAGCUUGUCUUUGCGGCAGUUGUUGACUCGUUUCUAUGGCACCCAACUCAUCUUUACGGCGGUCGAUGUCUCGUCUUUGUGGCGAUCGAUUCUUCUUUACGGCGGUCGAUGUCUCGUCUUUGCGGCGAUCGAUUCUUCUUUACGGUGGUCGAUAACUUGUCUUCAUGGUGAUCGACCCGUUUCUGUGCUGGUUGAUGAUCCGUUUUUACAACUGUUGACUCGUCUUUACGGUGGCCGACGAUCUGUUUUGAUGGUGGUUGACUUUACGGUGUUUGAUGACACUCAGCUCGUCUUUCUGGCAGUCAAUUUGUUUCUGAGGUGAUCGGUGACACGUUUUUGCGGCGCUCGACUCAUCUUGACAGUGGUCGACAGCACUUGAUCCGUUUUUAACCCAUUUUUAUAGCGGUUGACGACCUGUCUUUGUGGCAGUCAAGUAACCCAGCUCAUUGUUAAGGCAGUCGAACGUUCUUUAAGAUGAUCAACGACCGAUCAACUAGUUUCUUUGGCAUUGAUGAGCCGUUUUUACGGUGCUCGAUUCAUCCAAUGACCCAUUUUAACAAAGGUCACUGAGUCUUUAAGAAAGUCAAGACAGGCGGUCGACUAGUCAUCUUUGUGACUCGGUUUUCAACGCCGUUAACAACCCGUUUUUAUGCCAAUCGACGUGUUUCUAUGGUGGUCGACAACUCGUCUUUAAUGUGGUUGAUUACUCAUUGUGACGGCAGUGGACAACCCGCUUUUAUGGCACUCGACUCGUUUUUAUGGCAGUCUACAACGACUUGUCUUUACAGUGGUCAUCAAGGACUCGUCUUUAUGGGUGUCAUCGUGGUGGCUGCAUCUCCACAUUCAAAUAGGGAAGAAGGAAUGGAAAGACUCUAGUUUUCAAUCCACUUCCGCCUGGCCCUCGUUCCUGGCUUAUUCCUAAUGAUGAUGAUGAUGAUAAUAAUUGCUUGUCUACUAUUUUAGGAUGAAUAAUAAUGUUUUUGUUUUGUUUCCUUACGAAUGUGAACAGGGAGAAUUCUGGUUUAUUUUGCUGCUAAGGAAGGACAUUUUUGGUUAUAACAUAUAUAGAGAGGGGUGAUAUAUACGAGGAUAAGAGAGACUGUAUGGAAUCGUAUUAAGUAUUCCAUAAUCACACUGGAGUAACGACCUAGGAAAGGCCUAGAGCGGCAUUGCAAGACCUGUCUCUAUACCAUGGAGUUCAACUGGAGGACCUAGAAAAGGACUAGAGACAUAGCUGUGUCCUCCAGUGCAACUCUGUGGUCAACGCCUACAAUAGAGUGUUGCUGGAGGACCAACAAAAUGCCUAGAGAAGACACCCGGAUGGGGGAAAAAAACACUUGAAAACUUUACUUUAUUCUUUUAUUGAAUUAUACUUUUAUUAAAUUAACUUUAUUUUA